GCCAGACUGUCAGACGGUCAGCGACUGUCAGUUAGUUGAGUUGAGCAGCCUAACGGAUGGCAACGCUGCCGUCGCGCAUAAAGUUGCUGCAAAAGCGCAAGCCUACGCCUGGAAAACGCAUACAGAGAAAAGCCAAAUAUUAAUUGCAACUGCAAUAUAGCAGCAGGCGACUGCCAAGCAGUUGGGAAUUUGUUUUUAUUUUCAAAGUGUUGUGCUUUGCAGCAGUGCCAAAGUCAGCAACAGGCCAACAACCAAAAAAAAAACAACAAAAAUUUAAAGAUGUCCUCCAGCGACGCCAACGCAAUUGCAGCGAACCUUCCCGCCCCCUCCCCUUCUGCCAACGCCUGCGGCACCGCCAACGCCACCCACUCUACUGGUGGUGGCCUUGGGAAGCAGCAGCGUCGUCGUUUGGCCGCUUUUGAUUUCGAUCACACAAUUGUGUCGCAAAACACGGACACUGUGGUCAGAGAUUUGCUGCCCAACGAACUGAUUAGUUCGACGCUGCUCAACGAGUUGAUGGAGAACGAUUGCUGGACCGAAUACAUGUCCGAGGUGUUUCGUCUGCUGCACGUGCAACAAGUGGCCGAAUCGCGUAUACGCGACACCAUACGCUGCAUACCCGAAGUGCCCGGCUUUGUGCGUCUCAUCAAGCAUUUGAAGAAGCGUCUCAAUUUUGAUUUGAUCAUCAUUAGCGAUUCGAAUAGCGUUUUCAUUGAGGAAUGGCUACGGGCGCACAAUCUAUGCGAUUGCUUCGACGGCAUCUUCACCAAUCCCGCCCAUUUCGAUGACAACGGACAGCUGCAGGUCCGUCCGCAUCAUCAGCAAACCGAUUGCAAACUCAGCGCCAGCAAUUUGUGCAAAGGACGUGUGCUGGAGCAUUUUGUCAUUGAACGCGAUUUGCGUUUCAAUAUCCGCUACGAUCACGUCUUCUAUGUGGGCGAUGGCAACAAUGAUAUUUGUCCCGUGCUGCGGCAGCGUGCCUGCGAUUUUGCCUGUGCCCGACAAGGAUUCGCCAUGGAACGGCAUUUGAUUAAGAAUCGCAAUAAAUUGAAAUUGCGUGCGAAUCUCUUGAUAUGGCGCAGCGGCUUUGAGCUCCUCGAUCAGCUGUGCGCCUUGCCACAGUUGCAAGGACCGUUGCAGUCGCAGGCGGAGCUGGCACGUCGUGCCUCGGCCAUAGACGGAGCAGCUGCGCCACAGCAACAACAACAGCAGCAGCAGCAGCAACAACAGCCGCAGCAGCAGUAAAGUAAUUUUGUCGAUUUACACACACACGAAAGUUAGUUAUACGAAAUGAGAAAAAAGUAUGUAUAUAGUAUGUGCAUAAUACGCAAAAUGUGAUCCUUUUACCUCCCCUCCAUCCAACCCCUCUCGUCACGCUGCUGUCCGUUUGAAGGCGUGGCCGUGUUUCUCGGUGGGGCGGCAAAAGAAUCACAUUAUAAUAAUAAUAAUUACGCUAAUAAUACGCAAGUGAAAUUGAAAACCUUGAUGUGAUCAAUGUUUGUACUAUAAAAGUAAAAAGAAAAAGAAAACUGCAUAUAUUGUAUUCAACCUAGAUAUAUACGAGUAAUUUACGCAUACAUUCAUACAUAGAUUAUCCUGCACACACACACUGUAAAGCUGAAUAAUUCCAAUUGUAAUGGGAGGGGGAAUUCCCCUUGCUCCCCAAUUUUUGUGGUGCGUCGUCAAUUUUUUUGUGGUCGCAGCUGUUGCUAUGUAGAAUCUUUAUUAAAUGUGUACUUGUGAUGUUGUCAUUAAUUAUAUAUAUAUUAUAUAUCUGUAUUGUUUGUAUAUGUGUAUAUAUACAUGUGUAUUAUGUGUGUCCAUAAUAAAUAUGUGUUUUGAACGUUGCAAUUGAAAAUCACAGCCAUCGCAUUUGAUUUUUGAACGAAUUUAAGCUAAGGCCAUUUGUCAGUCGGUUGACAGGCAACAGAUCUAGUGCAAAUUGCACGCUUUUCAGAUGCAUAAACAAACAAGUUUCAAGAGUACACAAAAGUCCAAUUAACAAAUUUUUUUGUUUAAAUGCGCAGCAAGUAACGUUCGCCACGCUGGCGCCAUCUACAGUGCCAGCCAGUCAAUUGUGCUGCAUGCGCCAUCUAUAGGCGCACUUGCAACUGGCGCCAUCUAUGAGUAGUUGUGCCCAACGACAGCAAGAGCAAGGUCAUUUCUUGUUAUUGCUUCUUUUCUUUUCACAAUCGACAAAUUUGUUUUUUAUUUGAUUUAAAUGUAUACAUGUUGUAAUCAGUUAAUAUACAUUAAUAUAUUUAUAUUGUAAUUAGGUGUAAUUACAGCUAAGGACUUGUAAAUGGUAUUUGGAAAGAGCAACAGUAUUGUUUCGAUAGUAUUUUAGUGUUUUGUUUGUUUGUUUUGUAUGAUUUUGUUAUAUAUGCAAAGCUCUAUUCGAAUUAACAAAGUUCUUAGAACCUAAGAUCAUAAUAUAAUUUAUUAACUAUCGCAGCAGCAGUGCGGACGCAGGGCAGGGCUUGAGGUGGAGGACACUUAAUAAUUAACCAAACAAUGCUUAACUGCUAGUAUGUGUUUUUGUUUUGUUUAGAUAGAGUCUGGGCAGUAAUAAGUAGUGUAUUUGGGGUUGAGAUAUACUCUCAACUCUCUUUCUCUCUCUCUCACUUUAUCUCUCUCUCUUGUUUGGGAUGUUGUUGAUGAUAUACAUAUGUACAGUCUAGGAGCCCAGUGGGGACAUGCCAAUUUGACGGGGAUCUGCGCCUGGCGGCUGUGCGGCGCCCAAUUCUAGAUUCUUGAUGAGCAUCUGCAGCCAUUGCUUAGUGGAUUUGUCAUCUUGCAGGCACUGUGUGAAUGUGCCAUCGCGCAGCUGAUCAGGCAAACAUUGGCCAAGUGCUUUGCGGGCACUGCAUACAAUAGAAAGGGACAGCAUGAUAUGCCAGUUUGUGCGAAAGAGAUGCAACUACUCACCGUGUGUUGUCGGAGAGUCGAAGAUAGCAACGUACAACAUGUUUCAAGAGGCGCGCACAAGGAUCUUUAGCCAGUUGUAUAACCAUUUUACCCUAAAGCAAAAGUAAGCGAAAUGAAGUGAGAACAAUUACAAAGCGGACUCAACUUACCAGCGUAAUGGCCACAUGAGAGAAACGCUCAUAGGUUUGACAAAUGUACGACAAUCCCGAUUCGUCCAACAAGAUCUUUUGAAUGAUGAACGUGGCGACGGUUUUGCUCAGCUCCGAACCGCUGUCCAUAAUGGUCAAACACAGUGGCACAAUUUCGGUGGUCAGCAGAAACGUAAUCACCUCCUGCUCAUCCGUUUUCACCAGCGCACCAAUCACACCCAAGCUGGUCAAGCGCAGAUAUUCAAAGGGCCGCGUCUUCGAAAUGGUCGAUAGAAAUGGAUACAAAUACAAUGGGAUUUGCGCCUGCAAGAACGCUGUUCGCGUCUCCGGAUGCGAGGCGACGCACUGCAGCAACGCCAACGCAUUGCACACUCGAUUCGAUUGGUGCGCCGUCAGUGUCGGUGGCAUUAUCGAUGGAUAGAUGUUGACAAUCUCUUGAAGCAGGGCGCAAGUGGUGCCAAAA